UGGGCCUCAGCUUCUGUCAUUCUCGAGCGGAUAGUUUGUUGUCAAAAUGGAGUUCUUACUUGGCAAUCCAUACAGCACUCCUGUGGGCCAAUGUAUCGAGAAGGCCACAGAUGGAGGCCUACAGAACGAAGACUGGACCCUCAACAUGGAGAUCUGCGACAUCAUUAACGAGACAGAGGAGGGGCCUAAAGACGCCAUGCGGGCCCUCAAGAAGAGGCUCACCAGCAACAAGAACUACAGAGAAGUGAUGCUGGCACUAACAGUUUGGCAAACAUGCGUAAAGAACUGCGGGCACAGGUUUCACGUCCAGGUGGCAAACAGAGAUUUCAUCGACGGUGUGUUGGUUAAAAUCAUCUCCCCUAAAACCACUCCAACCAUCGUGCAAGACAAAGUGCUGUCGCUCAUACAGGCCUGGGCUGAUGCCUUCAGGAGCAGCCCUGAUCUAACCGGCGUGGUCCACAUCUACGAGGAGCUGAAGAGGAAAGGCAUCGAGUUCCCGAUGGCUGACCUGGAUGCGUUGUCUCCCAUCCACACUCCACAGAGGGGGACACCAGAGGUAGACCCUGCUGUGAUGACGUACGUAGCACCUGCUUCACCUGCAGUUGCGACACCUAGACCUGCGCCGGCUCCUGCCUUGGCCACACAGGAUCCCCAGGUUCCAAGUCCCAUUACAGCAACCGCUGAACAGAUCACACGGCUGCGCAGCGAGCUGGACGUAGUGAGAGGAAACACCAUCAUGUCGGAGAUGCUGACAGAGAUGGUCCCUGGCCAGGAAGAGGCAUCUGACCUAGAGCUGCUCCAGGAGCUGAACAGAACAUGCAGGGCCAUGCAGCAGAGAGUCGUCGAACUGAUUUCGCGCGUUUCCAAUGAGGAAGUGACUGAGGAGCUGCUGCACGUCAACGAUGACCUCAACAACAUCUUCCUCCGAUAUGAGAGGUACGAGAGGUACAGGUUGGGUAGAGCUGCGCAGAACAAUGGGAUGUUGAAUGAGGCCACAGAGGACAAUCUGAUAGACCUAGGCCCGGGCUCCCCUGCAGUGGUAACGCGGAUCACCUCCACUCCUCCGCCCCACUCCCCUGCUAGGGCCACUGCCUCCCCUGCCCGUGACCCCGCUCCAGCCUCGCUGUCCACUGCGCUCUCUGGUCUCGAUGUAGCCUCAGAGAGCGUGAGCGGCACCCUGUCCUCUUUACCCGCCGGCCCCAACAAAGACGACUUCGACAUGUUUGCCCAGACAAGGAGCAGCUCUCUGGCUGAACAACGCAAAAAUGUAAAGUAUGAGGACCCACAGGCUCUGGGCGGCCUGGCCUCUGCUUUGGAUGUGAGACAACAGAACACAGGAGGGCUGAGGGUAAAAGGGGAUGAUAACCCAGCAGAUCAGGAGCUGCCCAUAGACAGCUGGCUUAUUACCCAAGGAAUGAUCCCAGUAUCGCAGUCCUCUGUAAUGGAUGACAUAGAGGAGUGGCUCUGUGCUGACGUGAAAGGGGAUGCCGCGGAAGGGGUGACCAGUGAAGAAUUUGACAAGUUCCUGGAGGAGCGAGCGAAGGCGGUGGACUCUCUACCAAGUCCUCCUGGAGCUGACCCUGCUCAACCCGCUCGGGCCCCAGGAGGUUCCCACAAGAAAGCUGAACGGACAGAAGACACCCUCUUUGCCUUGUAGACUGCUCUCAGAGAACCUUGAUCUCUCUCUCUGUCUGUCUCCUCUCUCUCUUGGGCUGCUAAAGGUCCUCGCUCUAAGUGAUUCCUCCUCCUCCUCCUCCAAAAAAAAAAGUCCUUCCGGUCCCAUUUCAUCGCUGACUGGCCGUGGUGUAGCAAGUGAUCUCCACCUCCUUGUCAUUCUUAUGCCACAGUGUUGCUCUAACAUGCAGAGGUCCAGUAGGUUUACUGCGCACAAGUGUGUUGCGUUAUUCUAUAUUUGGAUGUAUUAAUCUGUUUAUGUGGGAUGUACUACUUGCAGCCCUGCAUCUUAAUCAUCACACACCACCAAAGGAAGACAAGCUUACUUGUCUGAUGUGGUUUAAAAAUGUAUAUUACUGCAGGAUGAAUGGAAGAGUUCGUGGAAGGUCAAUAUAGAAGAAUACAAAAGGGUUAUGACGUGUUGUUUGACUACAUUUGGCUAAUUUAUGCAUUUAUUGUUUCAUUGUUUGCUCUAAACUAUGUACAAGUGCUGUGGUAAUGGUAGGUCCAUGCAUUUCUUAUGCUCCACAAAUACUCCAGUCAGAGCUGUAGUUCUAUUGAGAUAUGUGUUGAAUGGCAACAUGUGUUACUGCUCAAUUAGUUGUAGCGUGGAGAAGAAAAAUGUAUGUUAGCAGGCUGAUUUUGCUAACUAUGAAUAUAAUAGCUAAAUCUUAGCUUAUCUUAACGAGUGUAUGCCAGCAUUCCUUUACCAAAGGGUAAAAAGACACAAAAAAAACAGAAUGCACUAUGAAGAGCCUCUGUUAUGUUUUUAAAAAGGUCAAUGGAGAGGAACGGGUCCAUAGAACAUUUCCCACCAACCUUUUCAGUCCUCUGAAAAGCCACAAGAAACUAGCUUAGCAGAGUACGCUCUUACAAACAUCGUUACCCAUUCCAAAGAAUAUUGAGGCUUUGAUGACCAAAAGCACAGAAUUCAGCCUGACAAACAAUGAUCGUGUUCAUGUGAUGUAAAUGUUGGUGGAUGAAGAUUGUCCUUCCCCUGCUAAUAAUGUCUUUGUUUGUUUGCAAAAAAUAAGGAUUGUUGUCUUUUGUGUUUACAAGAUGGCUACUAUUUUUCUAGGGGAGGGGAAAAGACCUGUUUUGCACAUCGUUUUCUAACUGUGUAUAGCCGCACUUGUUCUGAUAGAUUAGAUAAUGGACCUACAGUAUAUAUACUUAAGACUGCAAACAGCUUUUAAUUAUAUUCCAAAUUGCAUAUAGAUGCAAGACAUAAUAUGGCAUUUAAACAAGCAGCCAAGACUUAGCACACUGGUAUAGUAAUCUGACAAAGCAUAUAGCUUACAGUAAGGCACUACAAUAAAGGAUACACUCAUAUCAGUAGACCCUCCUUACUCUAUGUAAUCUAUAUACCUCAUAAAAGAAACAAAAAUUCUGUUUCUGUAUCUGGUUAAAAAAUGUAUUGGCUCACAGUAAUAUCCAACAAGCAGAGAGCUUUGUAUUAUUUGAUCCCUGAUUGUAUUUUAUAGUUGAUUUAAAACAUCAUGUUUGUACUCAUCAUUGAUUUUUGUUCUGUUGAGAUUAGCACGUGUCACACGAACAAAAUGUUUUUCCUUUGGCUUGAGCGCUCAAAGACUUACUUUGAUCCUUUUGCAUAUUUCCUUUCCUGCAUGAUUCAUCUGCUCCAGUUGGAGCCGCCGCAAAGCUUUUCUGUAUCGUACUGAAAUCAGCUAAGUUGCUCAGACUGUAGUUUUUCUUUGGUGUACCUACGUUCACACUGUGAGGCAAAAAACAAUCUGAUUUUCAUUCCGUUAUUUUAUUUGUCUGAGGCUCUUGUUUAUUUUAACAGAGAUUAUUUUAACUCUUUCAGUUAAUGAUGGAAAGCUUUGUUUAGGCAUUCCAAUUAAAUCCAUUAGUCAUGCAUUGGAAGCACUUGUUGAAUUAUCCGUCAUCAGUAUAGGCUUUUCACUCAAUGGAAGUAUUUAUGAUUUAUAAUACUGGUUAACGUUAUGGAGUUUUGAUAUUUGACAAAUUAUUUGUGUCUACAUAAUCAUUAUGAAUAAAUAUUUUUAAGUAUUUUGGUUGUUAAACAUUUUGGUAACAAUUAACAAGCUUUACUUUUUUCAAUGCUGUAUUGUAAACAUAUAGCUAUAGAGAUUAAUAUGGUUGCCAUGUAACUCAGAUAAUAGCGUUAAAUUUACAAUCAACCUUGUGUUUACUUUAAAAACUUUAAGAACCAUGCAAAGGCUAAACAAAGAUGAUUAGAAAUGGAAAAGGAAAUCCUUUAAAGGGAACUUGAGAGAAUUGUUCUGUGUACGUGUAAGGCUUUUUGGGAUCUGUAACAGUUUUUGUUUCAUUUGCUUUUAUAGGGCUCAAGUCCUGACUGCAACAUGUAUUCCUCGAAAAUUAUCGCUACUUUGAAAGGGUAACUGAAUGUUAUUUUAGUACUGAUGAAGCAGAACUGUUUGCUGACGUGUUGCGAACAUGGAGGAGAGGAUUAUUUUGUUUGUUUUUGUUGAUGGGUGUCCCAUCUUUGCUGCCAUUACUUAUGGUCAGAUUUCUGUUUGGCCUGAUGCACGUGUGUAACUGCCCAAUAAAACACUAGCAAUGUGUGACCUCUA